AUGAAGAAAAUUAUUCUUUCAAUCAACGCCGGCUCCAGCUCGGUCAAGAUAUCCGCCUACUUGGGUGAGAGAAAUGGGAAUCUGCGUCGGAUCGCCGAGGCUCAAGUCAGUGGCCUGACAGCACCUCCGGCAAAACUCAAAUACUCGCGAUAUGGCAAGACAGUCGCCAACAAUCAACCGGCCGGCCAGCAGAUCGAAGGACAAGACGGCGCCUUCUCCGUACUCCUGGACACACUCAUCAACGACAGCGACCUGGAAGAAAUCACGUCCAAGGACGACUUGGCCAUUGCAUGCCACCGAAUUGUUCAUGGCGGCGACUACACCGAGUCUCGGACUAUUACCCAAGACACAUAUCACCAGCUAGAAAAGCUGAGCGACCUUGCGCCGCUACACAAUGGAGCGGCUCUCGGUAUUGUAGCGUCGUGCAUCAAGCAGCUCCCGGAAACCACCAAUGUCGCCUGCUUCGACUCUCAGUUUCACGCCAGUAUUCCACCACACAUCUACACAUAUCCCAUCAACCCGGAUGUGGCGGAGAAGAACAGACUGCGCAAGUAUGGGUUUCAUGGCCUCAGCUACGCAUUCAUCACCCGGUCAGUCGCCGAGUUUCUAGGAAAGGACACGAGUGAAGUCAACAUAAUUGCGCUUCAUCUGGGCAGCGGUGCCAGCGCCUGCGCAAUUCAAGCCGGCAAGAGCCGGGACACAAGCAUGGGACUGACACCUUUGGCCGGUCUUCCAGGUGCAACUCGAAGUGGCAGCGUGGAUCCCAGUCUCGUCUUCCACUACGCCAGCGAUGUCGGCAGACUCUCGCCGGCUUCCACCAAACACCUCCACAUUUCCAGGGCAGAAGAGAUUCUCAACAAACAAAGCGGGUGGAAGUCCCUGACGGGCACAACGGAUUUCAGUGUCAUUGCCGGCUCCGACGAGCCCAAGCACAAGCUGGCUUUUGACAUAUUCGUCCAUCGCGUCUGCGGCUUCAUUGGCAGCUACUACGUCCUGCUCGAGGGUCAGGUUGACGCACUGGUAUUUGCAGGCGGGAUUGGUGAAAAGAGCGCCCGUCUGCGAGACGAGGUGGUGCGCCGCACGACCUGUCUCGGCUUCUCCAUUGACCAGGCCCGCAACUCGAGCAAUCUCGCAGAGGUGGUGGAGGACGUGAGCCUGGUCCAGGCGCGGCACCGGGUGUUGGUCUGCCAGACAGACGAGCAGUUGGAAAUGGCCAGAGAUGCCACAGGCAAGGACGAAUUGUGGAGAUGA